AUGUGGGCACCUUAUUUUUCAUCAAGGUCGUCGUCCCCAUCAUCCUCAACUCCAUCGUCCUCCUCCGCCGUCACGGACCGUGAUAUUCCGGCUAGGUCUCCUCCGGCCGCAGCCAGGACGAUGGAAGAGGUCUGGAGAGACAUCAGCCUCGUCUCCGACAACCUACCACGCUGCCCCUCCGCGGCCUCCCGUGGCGUGGUGAUCCUGCAGGACUUCUUGUCCAGAGAUCCGCCCGCCUCGGCCGCCGCCUCCCCUCCCCCUCCGCCUCAGCUCCCGACGGUGCUCACCCUAAGCUCCACCGCGCACCACUUCAGCUCUCUGCUUAUCAAUAACAACAGUAAUGAUAAUCCGUAUCAUCAUGAGCACAAUAAUGUCCUGAAAAUGCCGCCUUCAGACGGUGCGGCCAUGAGGAAGAGGUUCCCGGAAUUCGAUCCCAACUCCGGCGAGCGCCGCCAUAAGCGCAUGAUCAAGAACCGCGAGUCCGCCGCUCGUUCCAGGGCUAGAAAGCAGGAAAGACCUUUUCUUCUUCUUCUUCUUCUUCUUAAUUAA